AGGAUGUUCCCCUCCUCUACACUGGUGCUGCUGGUCACAGCACUGACCAGCGUCUGGGGCCAAGACUUUUAUGAAGAGAGGAAAACUAACAAGAAAUCCAGGGCCAAACCCGUGGCUGCAAAUAUUCAUGAUGGACAAGCCAUCCUAGACGAGGACUGCAGCUUGGAGCUGUCCUUCCUGUUGGACAGCUCUGAGAGCGCCAAGGACAAUCACGAGCAGGAAAAGCAGUUUACCAUGAACGUGGUGGACAGACUCCAAGGGCUUCGUCUGCAGACCAGCCGCAGCUUGAGUUUGAGGGUGGCUGUGCUGCAGUACAGCAGUCACGUCAUCACAGAGCAAACCUUCAGAGAGUGGAGGGGCACGGAGAACUUCAAGGCCCGUGUGACUCCCAUGGUGUACAUCGGCCACGGCACCUACACCACCUACGCCAUCACCAACAUGACCAGAAUCUACCUGGAGGAAUCCAGCCCCGGCAGCAUCAGAGUGGCCGUGCUGCUCACAGAUGGGAUAUCCCACCCGAGGAACCCUGACAUCUUCUCUGCUGUUGCUGAUGCCAAGAACCAGGGCAUCAAAUUCUUCACUCUGGGCAUCACCCGAGGAGCCAACGAGCCCGCCAACGUAGCCCAGCUGCGUCUGCUCGCCAGCUCCCCGGCCUCCCGCUUCCUCCAUAAUUUGCAGGACGAAGACAUUGUUGAAAAAAUCGUCACUGAGAUUACCAGCUUGGCUGAUGAAGGAUGCCCUCUGGCUCAGAGAUGUGCUUGUGAGAAAGGAGAGAGGGGAGCGAGCGGGCCUGCGGGGAAAAAAGGUCGCCCUGGAGAUGAUGGAGUCCCGGGGCUUCGAGGGCAAAAGGGUGAAGCAGGACUAAGCGGUCUACCCGGGCGAGAGGGGUCUGAGGGAAAACCAGGUUACAAAGGAGAGAAGGGUGAGAGGGGUGAGUGUGGCACUCCAGGAAUCAAAGGAGACCGGGGUCCUGAGGGUUCAGUUGGAUCAAGAGGACUUAGAGGUCUGCAGGGGUUACCCGGGCCACAUGGAGACAUUGGACCAGAGGGCCCUCAGGGAAAGCAGGGUGAACGCGGCCCAGCUGGCCCUCCGGGAAUUCAAGGAGAAACUGGUAUUGGACUUCCUGGACCAAAAGGUGACAUGGGUUUCCAGGGCCGACCAGGUCCUCCCGGUCCUCUUGGAGUGGGUGAAACCGGCCUUCCUGGACCUCAAGGACCACAAGGUGUUCAAGGGGAAAAAGGACCCCAGGGCGAGGGAUUUCCUGGACCAAAGGGAGAGCGGGGGCUCGCUGGACCGAGGGGGCCCAGGGGACAGCAGGGUGCAGGAAUCAAAGGAGAAAGGGGUGACUUGGGACCUCCAGGUUUUCCAGGACCAAGUGGACUGACAGGAGCGGGCAUACAGGGAGAGAAGGGAGUCGAGGGUCCAAGAGGUCCACCAGGAGUCAGAGGACAUCCAGGAGAAGGUUUACCUGGACCUAAGGGAGACCAAGGUUUACCGGGAGAGCAGGGAGUAACAGGAGAGAGAGGCAUUGGUGAGCCUGGUCCAAAGGGAGAGGCUGGGGCCGCUGGUUUGGGUGGACUGCCUGGUCUUCCAGGAGAGGACGGAGCUCCAGGGCAGAAGGGGGAGCCUGGUUUACCUGGUCUCAGAGGUCUUGAGGGAGCACAAGGAGUUGGCACUCAAGGAGAGAAGGGUGACCAGGGUCUGAGGGGCAUCCGUGGGCUACAUGGGCCUCCAGGGAUCUCAGGACCUUCCGGACCAAAAGGUGAACGUGGGAUACCGGGCCAGCAGGGCAUGCCGGGACAGCCAGGACGCUCUAUAUCAGGUCCAAAGGGUGAUUUCGGUCCUGCAGGUCCUCCUGGUCCUGUUGGGGAAACAGGCCAUGGAUUACCUGGUCCAAAGGGCGAGCGUGGUCACAUAGGUUUAACUGGUCCAGGUGGUCCAAAAGGCGAAGGCCUCCCCGGCCCAGUGGGUCCUCCAGGCCUGCCAGGCUUACCGGGCGAGCAGGGCCCAGAAGGAAUAGGAAUUCCUGGUCCCAAGGGUGAUGUUGGCUUCAGAGGAUUGCCAGGUCUGCCCGGCCCACCUGGAGAGGGCCUCCAAGGACCACCUGGUAAUGUUGGGAGGUCAGGACCUGCUGGCCCACCUGGACCUGCAGGAGAGGGUAUUCAAGGCCCAAAGGGUGAACAAGGACCUCAAGGUAUGACUGGGCCGAGAGGGCCUCAAGGAGAUGGAUUACCUGGAGCCAAGGGUGAUCGAGGAUCACAGGGUGAGAGGGGGAUGAAGGGUGUAAAGGGAGACAUGGGAGAUCCCGGAGUCCCUGGUGAAGCUGGGAAGCCAGGAUCAAAAGGAGACGCAGGCCUCACACGAGAAGACAUAAUUAAGCUGAUCAAAGAAAUAUGUGGAUGUGGCAUCAAGUGCAAAGAAAGGCCGAUGGAGCUUGUGUUCGUCAUCGACAGCUCAGAAAGUGUCGGCCCCGAGAACUUUGAAAUCAUCAAGGACUUUGUCACCAGGUUGGUGGAACGAACCACAGUCGGACGCAACGCCACCAGAAUCGGACUGGUCCUCUACAGUCUGGACGUCCAUCUGGAGUUCAACUUGGCUCGCUACAUGAGCAAACAGGACGUUAAGCAGGCAAUCAGAAAGAUGCCUUACAUGGGCGAGGGCACCUACACCGGCACCGCCAUCAGAAAGGCGACUCAGGAAGCUUUCUUUAGCGCUCGGCCUGGAGUCAGGAAAGUAGCCAUCGUCAUCACCGACGGCCAAACUGACAAACGAGAGCCUGUCAAACUUGACAUAGCUGUGAGGGAAGCUCACGCAGCAAACAUUGAGAUGUACGCCCUGGGGAUCGUCAACUCUUCUGAUCCCACACAGGCAGAGUUCCUGCAAGAACUCAACCUCAUCGCCUCGGACCCCGACAGCGAACACAUGUACCUGAUUGAUGACUUCAAUACUCUAACAGCACUGGAAUCUAAACUUGUCAACCAGUUCUGUGAAGAUGAAAAUGGUGCCCUCAUUUACAACCGCAUCACAAAUGGACACUGGAAUGGUAACAAUGGCCAUGGGACUGGUAUUAAUGGAAACAAUGGACAUAAUACCAAUGGCUAUAACGGCCAUGACAAUAAUGGUAAUAAUGGUUAUGGUUAUGGAAAUGGUGGAUAUGGAAACACUGAAAAUGGUCAAAAAUACGAAGAGGAGAUCACAAAUCACAGACGCACCACCAGCCGCAGCCGUGGAGAUACUUUCUCUCUGCCCAUAAGUGCUGAUCCUCUCCGUAUUCAGGUGGAGGAAGACGAUGACGGUGAAGAUUUGGACUUAAGAGCCCAGGCACGCGCCAGUAAUAAUGUCGCUACUGUUGCUACUGUUGCUGUAGUUAACAAAACAGCAUCAUUAUUGCCUGUGAGAGAAAAGUCCAAUGAUGCCACCUUAUCUACGUCUUCUACGUCUUCAUCCUCAUCUGGAACAUCUGUGUUGUCAACAUUUAUUUCAUCUUUUGACACUAAUCGGCUGCAGCCCGUGGUGAAUCCGGUCCUGCCUGAAGAGACCCCUAUUCUUGAUCCCCGCUGUAACCUCCUCUUGGAACAAGGCUCCUGCAGGAACUACAGCAUCCACUGGUACUAUGACAAGCAGGCCAAUGCCUGUGCACAGUUUUGGUAUGGAGGCUGCGGUGGAAAUGACAACCGUUACGAAACCGAGGCUGAAUGCAAGAAGACUUGUGUUCAAUUCAAAACAGCAGGAUAAAAGGAGAAGAAGCCAUCAGAAAGUGGAUUUUACUUCUCUACAAACUGCUGAUUUGUUAUUUUAAUGUGAUGCAUUCUGUCAGUUGGGUUCAGAAAAUAAUUUCAUGCACUUUUUUCCUCACACACAUAUGCUUUUAUUUUUUGAUAAAAUAGAAAAACAGUGCGAAAAACUGUUGACAUGUUGCUGUUUCAACCAAACACAAUGACACUAUUACCUCAGAUAAAUUGUAUUGUUCUUUUGAUAAACCAGAAGAAAUCCUUUAUUCGGGUUUGGCUGACCUGAGUUUCAAAUCAGCAAAACAGCUUCAGAAAUUUAAUAACAUUUAAGAUUAACCUGUAGAUCAUUCUUAUACCUCUAUGAGCCAUGUGCUUAACAUACCUUGUGUUGAUAUUUACUGAAAUAUGCAGAGUAUUUUUGUGUGCAUUAGCUUGUUGUUAUUACAAUGUGUCCGUUCAGGUUAUAACUGGCAGCUGUAAAAGAGGGUCAUCUCUGUCUGGGUACUGCUUUCAGAAGUCUACUGCAAUCAUCAUCUUGUCAUGAAGAUUGAGUCUUUCUGUAAUUCAUCCAUUCAAUGGCCUGUCUAUCUGGGCAGUGUGUGUAUAUCUGAAUAAAUGUUUUAUAUGUUUUUAAUAAUAAAAUGUA